AUUAGCUACAGGAAGAAAUGUGAAGUUCACCAGCAGCUGAAAGGGAGAAGAGGAGAGAGAAGGCAACUAUAUCAGAGACACAAAUGCAUCACUUUAGUACUGAAAGGCAGAAGAAAUCUUAGCAAUUUUUUUAAGUGUUAAUUUUUUUAAAAGCAAGGGCUUUUGGUUGAGGCUUUUGUGUUAUUGUAAUUAUUUUCUUGUUAUUUAUAUUACUGAUUUCAGCCCCUUUGCUCUUCCAUUUCUCUCUUGGAAAUCUGCACAAGAGGGGGGCAGAGGUCAGGGAGAUGGAUUGACCGAUUUCUAUGGGUUGAUGUCACAGCAGAGCUCUCAAGUCAAACCUUCUGGAUUUGAAGUUACAAAGCAACAACUCUGCAAGGAGGAGAGGAGACUGAGAGCUGUAUUUUGGACUGAACUAAGAUGAGAGGGUAGGUCUUCUGCACAAGAGCCCCCAAUCAAGCAUUCUUCCUCCAGAAGACAAAGGGGCAAGUGCUGAUUCCUGAAGAACAAAUUUUGGGCCAUGCGUGUCUCCUGAUUCAGCAUAGGACAGCCACUGAGGCACAGUUGCCCUUCUCUUUCUGGAGCCUGGCAAAGGAGUGUGGGGUGUGGGUGGAUUGGGGUAAAGAAGCAAGAGACUUAGGUAGGAAGCAUCUGGCUCUGGCUGCUGCAGCAGCAGCAGCUGCAGCUGCUAAUUCAGUCCUCUGAACCAAGGCUGCUGGCUGCACCUGAAUCAAAGAUUUCCCUUCUCAAAGAAGGAAAAGAUCUGAGCAAUGAUGAAGACUAUGUCCAGUGGGAACUGUACCUUAAAUGUGCCAGCCAAGAAUUCCUACCGGAUGGUUGUAUUGGGAGCCUCCAGGGUGGGCAAGAGUUCCAUUGUUUCUCGGUUUCUCAAUGGCCGCUUUGAUGACCAAUACACACCCACCAUUGAAGAUUUCCAUCGCAAAGUUUACAAUAUUCGAGGUGACAUGUAUCAACUGGACAUUUUGGAUACAUCUGGGAAUCAUCCAUUCCCUGCCAUGAGGAGGCUCUCCAUUCUCACAGGUGAUGUUUUCAUCCUUGUAUUCAGUUUGGACAACAGAGAAUCCUUUGAUGAGGUCAAGAGGCUCCAGAAGCAGAUCCUUGAAGUCAAAUCUUGUCUGAAAAACAAAACCAAGGAAACGGGGGAUCUGCCCAUGGUGAUCUGUGGUAACAAGAAUGAUCAUGGUGAACUCUAUCGCCAAGUGAGUUCUGAUGAAGCUGAGAAGCUUGUCUCUAGCGAUGAGAACUGUGCUUACUUUGAAGUCUCAGCAAAGAAAAACACCAAUGUGAAUGAGAUGUUCUAUGUUCUUUUCAGCAUGGCCAAACUACCCUAUGAAAUGAGCCCAGCUCUUCAUAGGAAGAUCUCUGUGCAGUACGGUGAUACUUUCCACCAAAAGUCCUUCAGGAUGCAUAGGGUCAAAGAGACAGAUGCCUAUGGCAUGAUUUCCCCCUUUGCUCGUCGACCCAGUGUCAACAGUGAUUUGAAAUAUAUAAAAUCCAAAGUCCUCAGAGAAGGGCAAGCAAGGGAGAGAGAAAAAUGCACAAUCCAGUAAAAGAAGCUCCAUUGAGGAGUCCAUAGCAUAUGUGCAGUGCCUUAAAGAAAGUGGCUGAACAAAGACAGUCUGAAAAUAUUUACUGAGUCAUGGAUGACAACUACAGUCAUCAAAAUACUUUGGCUAGAGCAUUGUACCAUUUCUGUAAAGAUAUAAAUAAAUUAAAACACAGCACUGUAAAUACUUGAAGCUGCUAUGGUAGAUAACUGCCAUACACAGCCCUUAUUAUUUGGUCUUUGGGGUUUUGUAUUUUUUUAACAGAAAAAAACCUUUUUAGUUUUCUCUUUUUGUUUUCCUUUGUUUCAAGAAACUUUAAAGAACAAAGAAAUCUGAACUUCAAUUUUAUACCAAAACAGUUAAAAGACAGGCCUGAUUUAUACAAGUUUCUUGAGUAGCCAUCAUGCAGGAGACAAUCUGAUAACAAGAUGAAAAUUGGCUGUUGUUUUUCUCCAAUUCCUCAUCUGAAGAAAAUUCAAACCUUUUGAGGAAAAUAUACUUCUUUGUGCCAAUGAUAAUUCUUCAUCGUGUCAAUACAAAUACUACAUUUCUUUACUGUUUCAAUUUUUCUCUGUUUUUUGCAAAUGACAAAGUGUUUGUUUUAAUUAAUAUGUGAAUUAAUUGGCAAGUAUGAUCUAGAAAUACCAGCUGAUUUUCAAUUACAUGAUAUGUAAAUAAUUGAAAUUUCUGUACUGUAAGAACCAGCACACCUGUUUCAUGUGAUUUUCUGUUCCUAAAAAUCCAUAUAUUUGGAAAGUUUUAUUGUACACUCAUCCAAAUCCCAUUCAUUUUUAUUCCACAAUAAUAAUCCUGCUUUCUACUAUACUGGUAAUAAUGACAUUGGAUGUGCAAUGCCAGGUGUUAUGCUCUAUCCUCCAACUUUCUCACAUAAAAGUUGUAAACCUGUGGAGAUUAAUCUGAGGGUAAGCCGAAUUGAAUUUAGUAGAAUUUUAUAUAAGUACACAUGAGAUUGUAGUAUAAGACUCUAGGCCAGUGUAGACUGAAAAUGGGACUAAAAUCUUAAGCAUUCUUAGCUGAAUAAAGCUUGCACUUUGUAGAUCACAUGCUUAAGAUUGAGCAUGUUAUUAUUACACAAUGAUAUUUAUUUCUCACUAAAAAUAUCUGGCCAGCAGCUACAUUUUUCCCAUGUUCAAAUGGCUGAGAAGUUUCUGGUGCAGCUAUUUAUUUGCAAAAUGAAGGUUCAGAGUUUAAAUUUAACACAACUGUCUUCCGUGUCCAUUGUCCAUGUGCCACAGUACUGAGUGUACCAUAAUAUAGAGUGAGCAAGAGCUUAUAUACCUUUAUAAUAAAAAAAAAAA